GGGAGGGAUGGUGGUAUUUUUCUCCUUUGCUAAGCAUAAUGGAAUUAAAGUUGUAAAAUGCCUGGGAGUUUAACACAGACCGGGCAGGUUUUCAAUUUUUUUUUUUCCCUUCCGAAGAACUGUCGAUUAAUGGAUGAAUGGAUCUGAUCGAGCUGAGAGAGAAUAUGCUAGAUACAUGCCUUUGAGUAAGAUUUCUGCUGUCUUUAUGCAGUGAAGCCUUUUGCUUUGAGUAAUUCCAAUCCAGUUGACGUCUGGUCAGAAUUAGAGAGAGAUUCGCCGAGACUUCCGAUUCCGUGCUGCAUGACUGCCUUUGCUGCAAGUGCUAGAUUUGCAGCCUCAAACCUGAUGCCACAGGAGAUGUCUUGCAGUACUGAGACUUGCCGUUUUUUAGGAUGCGUUCCUCCAAACCAGAGUUGUGGCAUGAGGAUUGGAGCUCUGAGGUGGAUGAUAGAAAAUGCAAGCCUGCUCCAGGAGCCCAGCAUUUAAGCCCGGAUGAUUUAUUAGUCUUCCCCUACCGACACACACAAUGCAUAUAUUUUCCCUAUUCAUGUUGCUUUUAGACUAGUAGAAGAAAAACACAAGGAGUCAGAAAGAAUGCAAGAAGCAAUGGAAAUUGGAUUUGUUUCCAGCUAGAUGAAAUUCGGGUUUUAAAUCACUGACGUAGGUCAAUGGUAGGGUUUUCCCCCAUCCCCCUUGGCUUUUAAUCAGCCCGGGUGUCUUCUUCCCUAAAGGAUGAAGAGCACUGACAGCCAUCGCUGCUUAUAAUCAGUAACUCUGAUGCUUGGAGUGUUCGCAAUGAGAUAUUUCCAUGAGACCUAUUUAGAUCCCUCCACUUCUACGAGGCUAGUUUUCCAGAACGUUGGGAAUAAACUGUAUGUCAGAUAUGGCUGAGACUGCGAAGAUGAUCCGCAUGUUUUACAUUUUUCACAAAUUUUGGGAAAUAAAAUGUAUGCUUGCUGCUCUACAGUAACUUUGGAACAGGACCUCAACAAAAAAAUGCAUAUCUGGAUGCUGCAGACGAUCGCAUUUGCUUUAACAUCGCUAGUCCUUUCGUGGGCAGAAAGCAUCGAGUAUUAUGGGGAAAUCUGUGAUAAUGCGUGUCCUUGUGAGGAGAAGGACAGUAUCUUAACAGUGAGCUGUGAAAACAGAGGGAUCAUCAGCCUUUUUGAGAUCAGUCCACCGAGGUUCCCUGUCUACCACCUCUUGUUGUCAGGGAACCUUUUGAACAGGCUGUACCCUAACCAGUUUGUCAAUUACACCGGGGCUUCGAUAUUGCACCUAGGGAGCAACGACAUACAGGACAUUGAAACAGGAGCCUUUCAUGGUCUGAGAGGUUUGAGGAGGCUACACCUGAACAACAACAAGCUGGAACUUUUACGGGAUGACACUUUCCUUGGGCUAGAGAGUUUGGAGUAUCUACAGGUCGAUUAUAAUUACAUUAGCGUCAUCGAACCCAAUGCCUUCAGCAAGCUGCAUUUGCUGCAGGUGCUAAUUCUCAAUGAUAAUCUCCUCUCCAGUUUGCCCAACAACCUUUUCCGUUUUGUGCCCUUAACUCACCUGGACUUAAGGGGUAACCGGCUGAAGCUGUUGCCCUAUGUGGGCCUUUUGCAGCACAUGGAUAAAGUGGUGGAGCUGCAGCUAGAGGAAAACCCCUGGAAUUGCUCUUGUGAGUUGAUUGCUCUAAAGGAUUGGCUGGACAGUAUCUCCUACUCUGCUCUGGUGGGAGAUGUGGUUUGUGAGACUCCUUUCCGCUUGCAUGGUCGAGACCUGGAUGAGGUCUCCAAGCAGGAGCUUUGCCCCAGGAGACUCAUUUCGGAUUAUGAAAUGAGACCACAGACGCCGCUGAGCACCACAGGGUAUUUCCACACUACCCCAGCUUCGGUGAACUCUGUGGCCACUUCCUCUUCAGCUGUUUACAAAUCCCCCUUGAAGCCUCCCAAGGGAACCCGCCAACCCAACAAAACGCGGGUGCGCCCCACUUCCCGCCUGCCCUCAAAAGACCUGGGAUACAGCAACUACGGCCCCAGCAUCGCCUACCAGACCAAAUCCCCGGUGCCUUUGGAGUGCCCCACUGCCUGCACUUGCAACUUGCAGAUUUCAGACCUGGGCCUCAACGUCAACUGUCAGGAGAGGAAGAUUGAGAGUCUUUCUGAACUACAGCCCAAACCCUAUAAUCCUAAGAAGAUGUAUCUGACAGAGAACUACAUUGCUCUGGUGCGCAGGGCAGAUUUUCUGGAGGCCACCGGGCUGGAUUUGCUGCAUCUGGGCAAUAAUCGUAUCUCAGUCAUUCAGGAUCGGGCUUUUGGGGAUUUAACUAAUUUGCGAAGACUGUACCUGAAUGGAAACCGCAUCGAGAAGCUGAGCCCAGAGCUGUUCUACGGGCUGCAGAGCCUGCAGUAUCUUUUCCUGCAGUACAAUGUGAUCCGGGAGAUAGAGGCAGGCACCUUUGAACCCGUUCCCAACCUUCAGCUCCUCUUUUUGAACAACAAUCUCCUGAGAUCCUUGCCUGGGAACAUUUUUUCCGGUCUGUCUCUCUACAGGCUGAGCUUGCGCAGCAACCACUUCUCCUACCUGCCAGUGAGCGGGGUGCUGGACCAGCUGAAGUCCCUGCUGCAGAUCGACCUGCAUGAGAACCCCUGGGACUGCACGUGUGAUGUUGUGGGCAUGAAGCUGUGGCUGGAGCAGCUCAACACAGGCGUCCUGGUGGAUCAGGUCAUCUGCGAGUCACCCAAGAAGUUCGCCCAGAGCGACAUGCGGGCUGUGCGUGCUGAGCUGCUGUGCCCCGACUACUCAGACAUUGUGGUCUCCACUCCCACGCCAUCCUCCGGCCCACGGCCACCGCGGACCACACCGUCCUCCUCCACGGUGCGCCUCAAUGGCACAGCACCCGCGGCGCCUGCGGGCAGCCCUGGCGGCAGCCCCAGCUCCUCUGUGCUGCUCUCCCUGCUCAUCCUCAGCCUGCUGCUCGUUUUCAUCAUGUCCGUCUUCGUGGCCGCGGGGCUCUUUGUGCUCGUCAUGAAGCGCCGCAAGAAGGGCCAGGGUGACCCUGCCAGCACCAACAACUCCGACGUGAGCUCCUUCAACAUGCACUUCAGUGUCUACAGCGGCGGGGGGCACCACCCCCCCCACCACCACCCACCCCUCCACGAGCUCAAGGUCACCUACGGCGGCCCCCCCGCGCAGCCGGCAGGGGCGCCGCCGCCGCCCGGCGCGGAGGACGCGCCGCUGCGCAGCGCCGCGUACAGCGUGAGCACCAUCGAGCCGCGGGGCGAGCUGCGCUCCCCCGCGCAGGAGGCCGAUCGUUUCUACAGGGGCAUUUUGGAGCCCGACAAACACUCACCUCCGCCCACGCUGGGCACCCCCGGCUCUACCCUCCCCGACUACCCCAAGCUCCCCGCCGCCUACACCUACUCCCCCAACUAUGACCUUAGGCGUCCCCAGCAGUAUUUGCACCCGGGGCCGGGGGAGGGCCGGCUCCGGGAGGCGGUGCUCUACAACCCCCCGAGUACUGUCUAUGUAGAGCCCAACAGGAACGAGUACCUGGAGCUAAAAGCAAAACUAAACGCAGAGCCGGACUACCUCGAAGUGCUGGAAAAACAGACCACAUUCAGCCAGUUCUGAGAAACAUCCCUCUCCAGCCUCCCCAACUACUCCAGCAGCUCCUUCUCUAGAGUAUUUGUAUUUAACAACAACGCAAAACAAAGAAACAUAAAUGCUGACCUCCU